CAGAGCUGAAGUCUGAACUCCACCUUGAGGCAGAAUGAGGUUCACCCUGGGAUCUCUGCUGUUCAUACUGCUGGUCUGCAGCCUCCCCCCAGUCCAUGGUGUUCUGGAGGCCUACAAUACAAACUUAAAGUGCAAAUGCAUCCAAGAGGCCUCAGUUGUUAUCCCGAUCCACCACAUCGACAAGCUUCAGGUCUUCCCUCCUGGGAAUGGGUGCCCGAACAAAGAAAUCAUAAUUUGGAAGAAGAAUAAGUCAGUUGUAUGCUUGAAUCCUCACUUCAAAUGGACACAAAAAUUAGUAAAAACAUUACAGAGAAAAAAUGCUCCUUCAACUCGACCAGCUCCAGUGGUGAAGAAAAGGAUCAAGUGAUGCCAAUAUCCCCACUAAGGACACCUGUAUUCUCCCCGAACCUGCUCUGAGUUAUAGUUUUGUAUUUGGAUGAAUCUUUCCAAGAAAAAGAACUUCCCCAUAUAAGCAAGCAUGAAAAUAUAUGUAAAAAUAUCCCUAGAGCAGCUGAUGGGGCCAAGUUGGGCUUUUUGAAAAAUAUGGUACCCUAUAUACUUGGGCUGUGCACUCUCAUUCAUCACAGAGGAAAGUUUCUUUGAGGAUAAUUACUUAGUAAUAAAUCACAUAAGUUUCUUUUAAUAGUAUGCCUAUUGCUUAGUGCUAAAUUUUUUCUAGAAAAUAAGGGAACAAGAAUUUAAACCUCAAAUCUGAACAUGUGGCUUGAGUUAAGAAGGAAAUGAUGGAAUUCAUUUCAAUCAUUUUACACUGUAAGAAAGGCAGUCUUCCAUAAGAGACUUGAAACCUGCCUGGGAAACCCAGGGAAUUUUAUGAGACAGAGGGCUCUCAUAGCUGAUAUCUUCCGUUUAAAAGCUCAGUAUUGAGAGAAAUGGGAUCCUACUUUUAAGAGUUCUUUUAUGAGAUUUACUGUCAGAUACAAAAACUAGAAACAUUCAACGAUCCCUAGGCUUAAAUUCAUAGAAUAUUCAGGAAAAGCAUUUAAGCUGAUGUUCAGAUGUACUCUUUUAUACAUUUGCUUUGACGAACUUUUUUUACUCACAUCUUUUGCACAGACUUUUUUUUUUCUUGGUCUCUGGUACCUGAUUCUUUAAUGCUUCUUAUUAAUCUAAUGCUAUUCAAUAAACUUGAGUAAACGUUUACUUAAUUAUGAGCAACUCAUUCUUACCAGAGCAUUUGCUCAAAUGUAGAUAUUCUCUGACUCAUCACAAUGAAAAGUAGGAUUUCAUCAUAUUAAUAUCUAUUUGCAUGAUGCUUGCCUUUUACAGAAGAUCUAAAUUAUGUGGCAAUGGGUGAGUGAAUUUAUUCCUGAUAUUAACACAGUGAGAAAAUGCUUGACUAUGAGAGUCUCUUUUCCUUGAUAUUUUCUCCAGAAAUCUCCAAACUCUUACCAAAACCUAUUUUCACUGUCUCAUUAUAUUGAUUCUUAAAAUCUCCAAUGUUUCCUUUAACAAAGUUUUACACUGGGUUGGACAAACAGAAGAAGAUCCUUAAACCCCCAUCCCCUCCUUCCCUGGAUGCAGCCUGGCUCUCCCGGGCUGAGCUCCACUGUCCUAGCGCCCCUCAUUCCUCUUGCCGCUUUAGGGGACCCACUUCAGCAUGUCCAGGUUUGAAGCUAUAUCUGGCUCUUG